UUAUUAUACAUUGCAUGGUAACAUGAUCAAUUCAAUCCUCUAUAAAUACCUUGCAUGGCAAGAAACAUUAUAAACACAGAACCACUAAAGACUCUUAUAUUGUAAGAUAGCCUUCAAAGAGAGGUUAUUAAUUACAUUCAUACAUAACUAAUUAACAACCAUGACUACUAGAUCCUUCACGGUAAUCAUUGUUGCUCAUGUGUGUGUCUUCAUGAUCACAACAUCAAUAGCUCAGUUGGUCAUAGACACGAAUGGUGAACCAGUUGAGGCCGGUGACGAAUACUUCAUCAGGCCUAUAAUCACAGGCAACGGAGGAACUACAUUAGUCACCAGAAAUGGAUCAUGUCCUUUGGAUGUCGGUCUUGAACAGAAUUCUGACUUGCCAGGUUUGAUUGCUGUAUUCACACCUUUUUCUUCCGAUCACGAUGACGAAGAUGUGAGGCUUAGUAGAGACUUGAGAGUCCAAUUCCUAGCUUCAAAUUGUGGGCAGUCAUCAGAAUGGAGAUUAGGCGAGAGGGACGCAACGAGUGGUAGGAGGCUUAUUACCACCGGAAGAGAUGAUGGUACAGUUGGAUCAUUUGGUAACUUCUUUAGGAUUGUGCAGAGCCAAACUCUUGGUAUCUAUAACAUCCAAUGGUGCCCUAGAGAAGUGUGCCCUAGCUGUUGGUUUGAAUGUGGGACUAUUGGUAUUAUUCGUGAGAAUGGCAAGAGUUUAUUGGCCCUUGAUGGGGGUGAUGCCCUCCCUGUUGUGUUCCAGAAAGAAUGAUUAUUAGCAGGAUGGUUAAGUUUAUUCAAUUUGUGUGGUGUGUUUAUGUACUCUAGCUUGUUGCUUUCUUGUUUACCAAUAAAUACGGAACAGUCGUUCAUUUCAAUUAAUAAUAUUAAGAAAUAAAGAGAGGGUUACAUGUAUUCAAAUGGUUGUGUAUAUUUUCUUUACCAAGGAGAAGCUGUUGUCACUUUUUAAUUCAUGUAGAAUCAUCGAUACCCCGUUAAUUUUGUUUGAUACAGGUACUCAAGUUAGUUGGAUGAAUCAAAAUUUGUCAUAUGUCAGAUUAAUAUAUAAAGAG